AUGCCGUUUACAUCGCGGUUUGUGGAGCUGCUAGAUGCAGAGAGCCAUCAUGUGUCCUCGGAAGACGACGUGCGCCUUGAAGAGAUACUGGCAGAGUGUGAGCGACGGAGCAGUUCACGAGCAUCCACAUCGUCAUCCUCAGUCUCGUCGUCGUCCAGCAAAGAAAACAUCAGGGCUCGAAAGGAACCAAGUCGCAAGCUGAGCACCCGAGAUAAACUACGACGAAUCUCCUACUUUGGGCCGACGAAAUAA